UCUGCAGGUAAAAGCCCCGGCUGUGUGACACCUAAGAAGACCGUUUUAACAGGCAGCACCAGGAAGGUCAAGGACAAUGCUGCGGAUUGGCACAACGUGAUGCUGAAGUGGGAGAACCUUAAUGACAGUGCGUUUGGGGUGGCGAGCAAGAUCGUCAAUUUGAGAAUAAGCAACCUAUCUUAUGAGAAGAUGUUAGCAGAUGAUACUUUACCUGGUAACCAGAAUGUUAAGGAUAAAGAGGAGCUGGAAAGGAUGUGCUCAGAACUGGUGGACAUACUGGAAAGUAUGCAACAAAUACAAAUGAAGAUGGAAAAACUGACGUCGACAUUUAAAGGAGUGUGCGAUCUGGAGGCUUUUCAGUGCCGUGGUGAAACACCUUGUCCUGUACUAUUCCAUACAUGGCCUACUUCACUUUUCUAUGAAACCUCGCAGAGAAUGUCGGACAUGUACAAGAAGGAAAUGGCACUUAAGCGCACAAUUGUUGGUGAAAUCGCGCACACUGCGGACCAGGACCUGAUGAUGGUCUAUCUGUCUUGUUGGCUAUAUCAACCAUAUGUAGACAACAGUAUCAAAGUCCUGCUGGAAAGCAUGCUGCUGGAAACUGGCCACAGGCCCAUUUAA